GAUAGAUAAUUGGGUUCUCUUCCAUUGAAUUUUUUUAUCUUAUAUUAUUGAAUUUGGACCCAUAAGAGAAUUCAGGUCUGCACCUCUUUUUUCUUUCCUUUUUGUAUUUCUUGGAAUGUUACUUUACUUGUUCCUCACCUGUUUCCCCUUCCUCUUCUUUUUUAAGUUGAAACCAGUUCCACCAUGGCCAACUGAGUUGAAAUUUUCCUUUGCUUGCAUUCUCAAGUUGAUCACAAACAGUCUUGAUAUUACAUAUUUCACCCCCUUCCCUUCCAGAAUGUCUCUAAAACAGAUGUCUUUCAGUUCAAAAGUUGACAGCUUUGAGGCGGUUGAAGGAGGUGGUGGUGGUGCCAUCUCGGUUCUGGACUUACCAGAUUUGGCCUUGGAAUGCAUCAUCGAAAGGCUGCCGCCCGCUAGUCUUUGUAACAUGGCCGGUGUUUGCAGCUCUUUGAGGAGUAUGUGUACGGCCGAUCAUUUCUGGGAAAAACAUAUGAGGAACAAAUGGGGUAGAAUCAUUGGCCCUGCUGCUUAUAGAGAGUGGCAAUGGCAUGUUGCUUUGAGAAAGGAUUCGAGUCAUUUGAAACAAGGGAGGCCAAAAGGUUUGAUGAGGAUUUUGUCCAUGGUUAGACCAUCCUGGUGGUUUAAACCAAAGGUUGAUGAUGAUCGUAGUGAGCAGAGUUCUUUGCCGGAUGAUUCAAUCAUGUCUUGGUUUCUUGCUCUUGAGAGUGGCGAAUUCUGGUUCCCUGCUCAGGUCUAUAACCGUGAGAAUGGCCAUGUUGGGUUUAUGUUGUCUUGCUAUGAUGCUGAACUCAGCUAUGAUCAACGUACCGACACGUUCCAAGCAAGGUACCCUUCACAUGGAAGGAGGGCGGUGGCCAUCGAGAAUAACGUGCCGUGGGAACGGUUGAGAGCACCGCCUAUCGAUGCUUCACUGCACAAUCUUCACAUUUCUGAUUGUUUGAACGAGCUACGCCCCGAUGAUCACAUCGAGAUUCAGUGGAGAAGAAACAAAGAAUUCCCAUAUGGUUGGUGGUAUGGUGUAGUUGGUCACUUGGAAUCGUGUGACCGGAGCGAAAAUUACUGCAGGUGUCAUCAGAGUGAUACGGUGGCGUUAGAGUUCAAUCAGUACGCCCCUGGCUCAAGGUGGCGACACUCAAUGAUCAACCGGAAAGAACAUCGAGAGGAGGGAAACGAGGCGGAUGGAUUUUAUGGUGGAAUCCGUAAACUUAGCAGAGUCGAGGAGAUAUCGACAUGGAAGCGGCUCUGGCCAUCUGAAAUCCUGCAAUAGACAUGCGUAUACAACAAAAUGCAUGCACCAUGAUCUCAAUACAGAUAUCCGGUCCAUUUCCCUUCCAACUGUGCAAAAUGUGUAAGAAUUUCUGCUCUAUGAAUGGUGCUCCUGGAAACCGAAAUUCGAGUUCAAAGUGGCAUGGAAGUGAAGCAAAUGUACUUGGCACAUCCCAGAUUAUGUGAAGAUUUUGGUUAAGAAAGCAUUCAGAAGGCCAUUGAUUUGUUGAUGGGGAUAGAGAAUGGCAACUUUAUUAAACAUGGAAUGUUAUAUGUUGUAGAGCUCAGACAUUU